UAAAAAGUGUGUGAAUGGAACGGAUAACGUGCCAAAUUGUUGAAUAAAAAAAAAAAAUAGAUCAAAAUAAAUUAUCUACAUAGUGAGAAAAGUGCGCAUAUAUCUCAAAAAUUUAAGGCACAUCCAAUUCACAUAUCCAAAUAAUAAAUGAAAAUACCUUUCUGCUGAAGCUCUAUAUUAUAAUAUUAUUACUCAGGUCAAUUGCCAUUGAGUUUUGUGAACAGAGCGGCAGCCGGUGUGCAUUCGCGUAUACAUCAUACAAUUUAAGUGGAUCUCAUCUGCCCCAUGGCUAUAUUAAUUUCGACCUGAACUUUAAUUGACUUUUAUUAGCGCGCUAAGAUUGCCGCCCUCUCCACCACCUUCGGCAGAAGGGAGUGGCCAAUAAAAGGACAAGGAAAAAAAUGACUGAGUACGUUACGCCAAAUAUACACACAGUGUUGAAAAAGUAUCAAACAAGUGCACCAAAAAGUUUACAGGGCCCUGGCCAUGCGCUGAGCGCCGCCGGCUGCCCAACCGGCUCUAACUGUCCGCUUGACGCCACUUUGACUGGCGUGAGUGGCAGCGGCGGCAGCAAUACUGAACUGAAUAUUGUGGGCGCUCGCAAUCUUUGUACCGGUCACCUCUCGGUCGGGAUUCUACCGCCAAACGGCCUAGCAAGCGGUAGCAACAAGUUAUCGCCGCACUGCCCGCUCAUAGCCUCGUCAUCACCAUCUUGCUCAAAAUCCCCAAAUUCGGGUUCAGCAUUGCCACCGGCCGUUCCGCUUAUUAAGAAGGAGGUGCUGAGUUCACCCGAGCCACAUGAACUGGGUGAGACAUUGCCACCACAAACGCUGCUGCUGCCGUUGUCGAUGUCGUCACAAACAACACAAUCUCAAUCCCAAACAACUCCUCCUCAGCCUCCCCUAACUACGGUGAAAAUUGUACCCCCUCCACCGCCGGAAUUGUCACAACCUAUCUUUACUGUGCCAGACUCUGGUUCCGGUGUAUUAUACGAAACGCGGCUUGAGGGUAAAACAAUUGGCUGCUUCUCGCUGGGCGGGGAGAUGCGUUUGUGUCUGCCGCAGUUUCUUAACAAUGUGCUCGCCGACUUUACGCUCGACCAAAUUAACCGCAUAUUCGAUGAAUUGGGUAUCUAUUGUUCACAGUGUACACCUGAUCAACUAUUGGAAUUUAAAACAGCAAAGAUUUUACCACCGGACGUGAAAGCGUCUGGUUUGAUAACACGGACUGAUGCUGAGCGUUUGUGUGCCGCACUUUUACAUCGAGCUGAUCGGAAUAGUUACAUUAGCGAUGACGAUAUACCGAAAGGUGCCAUCUCCUUCAAAGUAUACCACCGCUGUUUCGGAAAGUGUGACGGCAUUUGCACGCCCGAUUUGUAUUCUUACAAUAAGCCAACUUGCAUUAUGUGCUUGGAGUGUAAAGGUUGGUUCUCACCACAGAAGUUUGUAGGCCAUGUACAUCGGGAAGUUGAAAAUCGUACUUGCCAUUGGGGAUUCGAUUCGCGAAAUUGGCAUGACUAUCUGCAUGUGGCGUUAGAUGUCGAGAACCGUGAAAAAUAUCAAAAGAUACUGGACGAGCUGAAGGAAGUCGAGAUCAAGGAGGCGCUAAAAGCACAAAACGAAAUACUCUACAUGAAAAGAAAGCUCAAUUACUGGGAACGGCGCGCUCAAUUCAGACUAUAUGGUUCUAGUAAGGAGUUUUGGAAAAUCAGUUACGAGUUUUGGCAAUCUCUUAGUUCCGAGAAAUAG